AUGAGAGGGAAAAGCGCGAAGAAGGUGCGCUAUCUGGACUCAAAGGGGAUGCUGUACUCGAACGGGAUAAUGUACGAGCAGGGUAUGAAGAACCCCCAUUGGAACAAGGAGGAUCACAAAUUGGUGAAAAAUUACAGUGCGUUGCAGAACAUACUGAGAAAGGAAGAAGAGGAACAUGAGGCCCUAAAGAAGCAAUUGAAUCUACUUCAAAAGCAAAGGGAACUAUUACAGUGGCACCUUUGCAACAAUGUUAAAAAGUUAAGUAUGCAGAGGAGCGAAUCCAAAUUCAAAGAGCAGUUUAGCUCUAAGCUGGAAGUGAAGUUGAAGCUACUGAAGGAGAGCGCAAAGAUGUACACGUUAGAGCGUGACAUACUCGAAGAUGAAGUGAAAAAAAUGGAGGAACAACUGCAAAGUAAAGUAAAUCUUAAAGCGAACGUGGAAAAAAAGUUUAAUUUAUGGAUGGAUAAAAAAAAUGAAUAUUUAAAGGAUGUAAGCCAGGAAAGAAGGAGCGCAUUUCAGGAGAGGAAUAACAGACAAAAGGAGCUCAGUAAACUGCUUCUAGUGGUGAAGCAGGAGGGUAACAAGAGCUACGAUAUGGACUACCUUAAGAUGUGUGAGUUUAACCUUAUAAACCAACUAAGUCAUCACAAGGAUUAUAAGAUGCUGGAGAUGGGCAUGGCAAAGGGUUUAGGAUCACCUUAG